AUGGAUCACGAAGAUAAUAAUAACAAUGUUGGCAGCAAUAGGCUGUAUUCAGAGCACGCAAACCUCGGGCCUCCAACCUGGGUGAGUUCCAAUAAUAUUAAUUCCAACAAUAGCGAUAAUAACAAUAAUGACAACAACGAUACAAACGCAAGACCACAAAUGCCUUUCCGAAGUAGGGAAAUGGCAAUUCCAGAUAGAUAUGCAAAUGAAGUUAACGACCAAGCACUAAACAAUACAUCCAGGUUCAAUAAUGCCCAACGGGAAACGCUAUCACUCAAUAGCACUGGACAACAGCUAAACCAGCGGUUUUCAUCGACAUUUCAACCACAGCAGCAAACAACUGCGCUGAGUGGGAUCGAUAUAAACACUGUAAACACAAAUCUUAUGAACGGCGUUAACGUUCAAAUAGAUCAAUUAAACCGGCUAUUACCCAAUCUGCCAGAAGAAGAACGGAAACAAAUCCACGAAUUCAAACUGAUAGUAGGCAAAAAAAUCCAAGAGUUUCUGGCUGUCAUAGAAAAAAGAAGGAAGAAGAUACUAAAUGAAAUCGAUCUCGAUAACCUGAAACUGAAGGAACUGCGCAUAGACAACUCUCCACAGGCAAUUAGUUAUUUACAUAAAUUACAAAGAAUGAGACUAAGGGCACUGGAGACCGAAAACAUGGAAAUUAGGAAUUUGAGAUUAAAAAUUUUAACGAUUAUAGAAGAGUACAAAAAGUCAUUAUAUGCAUACUGCCAUUCGAAAUUAAGAGGCCAACAAGUGGUAAACCCUACAGAUAAUUUCGUUGUUUGGAUAAACUCCAUAGAUACUAAUGAAUCAUCUGAUUUGAAAGAAGGUUUACAAGAUCUUUCCCGGUAUUCAAGACAAUUUAUCAAUAACGUACUUUCAAAUCCAUCAAAUCAAAACACAUCCACAAGCAUGACCCGUAAGUCACCUGUGUUUGCCCUAAACCUACUACCCUCUGAAAUAUUACAUCUGAUAUUAGACAAACUCAAUCAAAAAUAUGAUAUUGUCAAGUUUCUCACCGUUUCCAAACUAUGGGCCGAAAUCAUCGUGAAAAUCCUCUACUACAGACCACACAUAAACAAGAAAAACCAAUUAGACUUGUUUUUAAGAACUAUGAAAUUAACGUCCAAUGAAACUGUAUUCAAUUAUCGUUUGAUGAUUAAGAGACUAAAUUUCUCAUUUGUGGGCGACUAUAUGCAUGAUGUGGAACUAAAUUACUUCAUUGGUUGUGUGAAUUUGGAAAGGCUGACCUUAGUGUUUUGUAAGCAUAUCACCAGUAGCCCAAUAUCGGCAGUCUUACAAGGAUGUAAAUUUCUCCAGAGUGUGGAUAUCACUGGAAUAAGAGAUGUGUCUGACGAUGUAUUUGACACUUUAGCAACAUAUUGUCCCAGAGUGCAAGGAUUUUACGUUCCUCAGGCAAGGAAUGUAACUCUGGGUUCACUGCGUAAUUUCAUAGUUCAUUCCCCGAUGCUGAAAAGAAUAAAGAUAACAGCAAACAAUAACAUGAACGAUGAACUAGUGGAAUUAUUAGCCGACAAGUGCCCUUUGCUUGUAGAAGUCGAUAUAACGUUAAGUCCGAAUGUCAGAGACUCUAGUUUAUUGAAACUCCUCACUAAAUUGACGCAAUUAAGAGAAUUUAGGAUAACUCAUAAUACAAACAUAACGGAUAAUCUUUUUCAAGAACUUUCCAAAGUGGUUGAUGACAUGCCCUCUUUAAGACUAAUAGAUCUUUCAGGGUGUGAAAAUAUCACAGAUAAAACAAUUGAAAGGAUUGUUGAUUUGGCCCCUAAAUUACGUAACGUUUUUUUAGGCAAGUGUAGCCGAAUUACCGAUGUAUCACUGUUCCAGCUAUCCAAGCUAGGUAAGAACUUACAAACCGUGCACUUUGGCCAUUGUUUUAAUAUCACUGACAAUGGAGUAAGAGCACUGUUUCAUUCAUGUACAAGGAUACAGUAUGUGGAUUUUGCAUGCUGCACAAAUUUAACCAACAGAACUCUUUACGAAUUAGCAGAUUUGCCGAAAUUGAAGAGAAUUGGCCUUGUUAAAUGUACACAAAUGACUGAUGAGGGUUUAUUGAAUAUGGUUUCCUUACGCGGGAGAAACGACACUUUAGAAAGGGUGCAUUUGUCUUAUUGCUCUAAUUUGACAAUUUAUCCGAUAUAUGAACUAUUAAUGUCGUGCCCCAGACUUUCACACUUGUCUUUGACUGCAGUACCAUCAUUCUUACGUCCAGAUAUAACAAUGUAUUGUAGACCUGCGCCUUCCGAUUUCAGUGAAAACCAGCGCCAAAUUUUCUGUGUAUUUUCAGGGAAAGGCGUACACAAACUUCGUCAUUAUUUGGUCAAUUUGACUUCGCCUGCAUUUGGAUCACAUGCCGAUGUAAACGAUGUUUUGACAAAAUACAUUAGAUCAAAAAAUUUGAUAUUUAACGGUGAAACGCUUGAGGAUGCCCUUCGGAGAAUCAUUGUAGAUUUAAAUCAAGACUCUGCUGCCAUUAUAGCUGCUACGGGGCUAAACCAAAUUAACGGACUUAAUAACGAUUUCCUGUUUCAGAAUAUUAAUUUUGAACGAAUAGAUGAAGUAUUCAGCUGGUAUCUCAAUACUUUUGAAGGCAUUAGAAUGAGCUCGGAUGAAGUCAACUCACUUUUACUGCAAGUGAACAAAACAUUUUGCGAGGACCCUUUCAACGAUGUCAAUGACGACCAAGAGUAUGUAGUUGCACCUGGUGUAAAUCGCGAGAUCAAUAACGAAAUGUGUCAUAUUAUAAGGAAGUUCCAUGAAUUGAAUGAUCACAUUGACGACUUUGAGGUGAAUGUUGCUAGUUUGGUAAGAGUUCAGUUUCAGUUUACUGGCUUUUUACUUCACGAAAUGACUCAAACCUACAUGCAAAUGGUUGAAUUGAAUAGGCAAAUCUGUUUGAUACAAAAGACGGUACAGGAAUCAGGAAAUUUAGACUACCAAAAAGGACUCUUGAUAUGGCGACUUUUAUUCAUUGAUAAAUUCAUAAUGGUUGUUCAAAAAUACAAGCUAUCCACCGUAGUUUUGAGAUUAUAUCUAAAAGACAAUAUCACAUUGUUAACUAGACAAAGAGAAUUAUUAAUCGCGCAUCAAAGGUCCGCAUGGAAUAACAACAAUGACAAUGAUAUUAAUCGUAACGGUAAUACCGUAGGAGAUAUCGUGUUAGAUACUGACACCAACAAUGAUGAAACUAAUAGCGGAAAUGAUGACAAUGAAACAGAAAAUCCAAACUUUUGGAGCCAGUUUGGAAACAGAAUGCAAAUAUCACCCGACCAAAUGAGGAAUCUACAAAUGGGACUUCGAAAUCAGGGUAUGGUUAGAAACAAUAAUAACGCUAACAUGGAGGAGUCAAUGCCUGAUACUGCCAUAGAUUCUCAAAUGGAUGACGCAUCUGGAACACCAGAAGAAGACAUGUUAUAA